CCGAUUUGUAAUGUUUUUGUUAUGAUUGACUCGUUAUGAUUAAUCGUAUAACUUUGUUGCUCUGCUAACAAAAAGCAGAUUAAUUUAAUGUAAUUGUGUAAUUUAAAAAAAUAUCGAAGAUUGUUCAAUCUAGAGCCACUCACAGUCCAGCUAACCCACUGGCACUACUUCACUGCACCAAUACACCGAAAGUUGAAACUACAUUCAACAAACGAAACACAAAACUGCAUGCAUGCAGGUGAGCGGCGAUGCGUAGUUCUAUCUGACCGACAUGAACAACAGCAGCGGCGGCGGCGGCACGAACGAGACGACGAGCACGCCAGCAGGGAGCGCCACCGCGGUGGGCGUGGUCGAGGGCGAUGCUCCCGAGGAUGCGGGUGACGCGUUGGUGACGGAUGCGGGUGACGCGUUGGUGACGGAUGCGGGUGACGCGUUGGUGACGGAUGCGACGCAGACGGACACGAGCGUGGCGCACGAGCUCACGGUGCCGAUCGUCGGCUAUGAGGUCAUGGAGCAACGCGCGAGAUUCACGGUGUAUAAGGUUCACGUGCAGCGUGGCCCACACGACAGCUGGUUCAUCUUCCGUCGCUACACUGACUUUGUGCGACUUAACAGGAAGGUGAGCAUGAUUACCGGCCUGAUACUAACCUGA